AUGGCCGCCGAUCUUCGUCGUCCGCCGCGACUCUUCACCGCAGCCCGUCCUUGUCGUCGUCACGCCUCUCGGCAAGAGAGAGAGAUCCGUCGCACCCCUCUCGACGCGAGAGAGAGAGAUCCGUCGCACCCCUCUCGGCGCGAGAGAGAGAGAUCCGUCGCACGUCUCGGUGAUGGUGUCGGGCGUCUCGGCGGGCAACAGAGAGACGUAACCAUGGGCAGGAGACGGCGACGGCGAGAUCAGGCGGAAAAAGCGGCGGUUUAA